UAUAUAAUAAUCUAACGAAGCAAUAAUAAUAUCAUUAAAUUGUCGGUUUUUCUAAGAAAAUUGAACAUAUCAAUACUUUAACUGUACAAGAGCUGGGAAAGUACGGUGACUCAAAGUCGAACCGGGAAGAUGGAUUGAACUACCGGAUUCGUUCUACUUGUAUCUCUUUCGUAGUAAUCCUUAUAUACACUCCAGCUUUCUUAUUCUUACGUAUCUUUAAAGAUUUAAAAAUUUGGCGGUUUUGGAAUUUCUAACAUGAGACAUGUGAGAAAUGUCAUUACAAAAGGACAAACAUGUUUGUAUCAAGCGGCAACAUUUUGUACGAGAGUCAUUGCAGAACAAAACAGUCCAAUUAUUUCUAAACGCGAUUACCCGGAUGAAAAGUUUUUGUAUCAAAAACCUCGAGAAGUAUGGAUAGAAAAUUUAGACACUGUUGAAAGGAAGAAAUUGGGUCUCGUAACUUUACAUCCGGAUGUUUUUGGAGCAGCUCCGCGAAUAGAUAUCAUUCAUCAAAAUGUUCAAUGGCAAAGAAUGUAUCGCUGGGUGUGUUAUGCAAAUACAAAAACUCGUGCAGAAGUAAGAGGUGGUGGUCGCAAGCCAUGGAGACAAAAAGGAACAGGACGUGCACGCCAUGGAAGUAUACGUUCACCACUAUGGAGAGGAGGUGGUGUUGCACAUGGGCCUCGGUCACCAACACCUCAUUUCUACAUGCUCCCCUUUUUCACUCGUGUAGCUGGACUUACAUGUACAUUAUCUGUUAAACUUGCUCAAGAUGAUUUGUACAUUAUUAAUGAAUUAGAAAUUCCAACAAAUGAUUCUGCAUACAUUAAAGAAUUAAUAGAAGCAAGACACUGGGGUCCUUCUGUACUUUUUGUUGAUUCUGAAGAUAUCAUGGCUCCAAAUAUAACAGAAGCUACAGAUGAAAUAAAGCAUGUGAAUUUAAUGCCUGCAUAUGGACUAAAUGUUUACAGUAUGUUAAAACAUGAUACUUUAGUUCUCACCGAAAGAGCUGCACGCUUAAUCGAAGAUAAAAUAUUGUAUAAUUUACAUAGACCUGAUAAUCGGAAAUUAAUGCAAAAGUUUAAAUUGAAUCAGAAUUAGAAAUUAAAGAAGGCAAAAACCAAAUGUUUGUUUAACAUAUA